AUGACGUCAUACACGGCGGCGCUCGUGUCCGUGCAGACGACGGAGACUCUCGCUGAGCAGGCGGACGCCGCCAUCACCGCCGCGCUGUCCGACGCUGCCGACGUGCCGGCGCUGACGGCGGACGCUGCAGACGCGCUGGCGCGGGCGCGCACGAUCGCAGACAACAGCACGGCGACGCCCAUCAACGUACCGCGGCUGCGAGACGACAUCGCCGCCGCUAACGCAUCCGCGCACGCGCAGCUGGCGACGUGGCGACGUGACGUCGUCGCAGGCGUGUCGGCGCUACGGCAGCGUGCCGGCGGCGUGGAGCACGAGGCGACGGGGCGGGCGACGCUCACCAGGGCUCACGUCACGGCGAGGAUCGUCGACGCCGCCCAGGCCACCGCCGUCAGGAUCGCGCGCGAGCAGGACGACGGUGGCGCCCUCACGCGCAUGGAGCGCAUCGUCGACGCAGCGGGGGAGGCGAGCGCGGACGUCGUGCAGCGCAUCAUGUCGCUGGAUGAGGCGGCGACGUCGCUAGGAGCGCGCGCGACCCGCGUCGUCGCCACCGUCGCCCGCGCGUCCGAGACGCUGCAGCACGACGACGACGCGGCGACGACCAUCAUAGAGAAGAUGCGGUCGAUCGAGCGGAAGCUGUCUCGCGUCGUCAGCACCGCCGCGGCGCUCAAGCGGCCGACGCUGCUAGACAGUGGCGCCACCGCCCUGCAGUUCAACAUUGUCCACCGCUCGCCCGUCCACAACCAGGUGGCGCUCGAGUUCCGCGCGGAGAACAUCAGCUUUGACGCGCUGCUCUACUUUGCCGAGGAGCGGCAGGGAGGUGGCGCCAUCUACCUGCAGCUGAUCAGCGGCCGGCUGCAUUUGGGCUUCCACGCGAGAGAGGGCGCUACGGUCAACGUGACGAGCGAGGCGCAGCUAUGCAGUCACUGCUGGCUUCACGUGCACGCGACACGCUUUGCCGACAAGGCAUUCCUGACCGUCGUGGAUCUACAGACGGGCCGACAGACGACCGGAUACGCACAGACGGACGACGCGUCGGUGCGUAACGUCACCAUCACGUCGCCGGCUUACGUCGGCGGUCUGCCCGCCAACUACGUCACCAACAAGCCGGUCACGGCCGAGCGUUUCGUCGGCUGUCUGUUUCAGCUGGAGGUGGACGACCAGCCGGUGAGUCUUCACAGGUCAGUGACGCCACCGCCGACCGACCCGACACGCUGCUGCGUGGCGCCCCCUAUGAGGCAGCGCGACGACGCGUGGAACGUGCGGUGCGAUGAUCAGGACUGCUCUCAGGCUGUCCGCUUCACAGGCAUUCACUCCUACCUACAGAUGGAGCCACAGGACAUCGAGGUCGGAAACCGGUCCGAGUUCCUGUUCGACUUCACGACGCAUUCGUCGAACGCGCCGCUCGUCAUCGUGAGAAGCGACAACGGCGCGGAAUACUUACUGUCGCUCACUGCCGGUCGCGUGUCGCUCUCCAUCAGCAAGCCGAACGCCACCACGCUGCGCAUGCGCACGCGUGGCGCCAGCUACGGCGACGGAUCGUUCUACCAGCUUCACGCGCGACACAACUCGAGCGUCGCGUCGCUGCGGCUGUCCUACCUCAACGCGACGUCGUCGGCGGUGGUCGAGGAUCUUCAUGCUGCCGUCCGCGGUCGGCUCGCUCGCUUCCCCGCCCUCCCGCGGUUCUUCCUCGGCGGCGAUGGCAGCAGCGGUGGCGCUAGCUUCGCCGGCUGCAUGCGUCACUUCUACCACGGCACGGCGUUCCGCGGCGUGACCCCACGCGACCUCGACGCCCUUGUCGUCGCGUCCGCCGGCGUCUCACGUCACUGCGCACACCCGACCGUUGUCGGCGUCAGUUUCCGUGGCGACGGAUCGUAUGCGCAGAUGAACGUCAGUUCCGGGGUCACGCUUGCUGACCUCUACUCGUCAAGGGUCACCUUCAAGACGCGCGCGCCGAGCGGCGUUGCCCUGUUUGCUACCGACGCCGACGGCAACGCCCUCUAUGUGGCGCUCUACAAUGGCGACGUCUUUAUUCAGAUCGUCGUCGCGUGGACGCAGCUGCUGCAGCCGAUCCGCACGGCCGGACUCGGACUCGACGACGGUCGCUGGCACACGGUCCAGUUUGACGCUGGAGACGCCAUCCCUGCACUGAUGGUUGACGGCGUGCGAUACAUACACACGCGGCCCGUGCAGCUGCCACGCGGGCCGGCUGUCGAGGUUUACCUGGGGGGCACGCCCGUGAGGGUCAUCAAGCAGAGGGAGCUACCUGUCACCAGGUCGUACCGCGGCGACGUCACCUCGAUGUCCGUCAACGGAAACCGGAUCGACCUUGCCGAUCCGGAGACGGUUCUGGAAUCCGAGGGAGUGGCGAUCGACGCCGUGUUGCCGGCGGCGGACAGUGCGCCACCUGCCGACAAAUUCGUAGCGAUCGUAUCGUCCGAGUGCGAGCCGGUGGAGCUCAGCAACAUCACCGUACCCGGACUACGAUUCGGACGCGAGCGCGGCAGUCACGCGGUGUUCAGCGUGAGAGGAUUCGGCAGCGACCCGCUGCGCUCCAUGCUAGUGCUGACGAUGCGGUUCCGCUCGCUCGCACCGAGCGGCGUGUUGAUGUACGCGGCUAGCAGCCUGCGCAUCCCGCGCGACUACAUGUGUCUCUACCUGCAGGAGGGUCGUCUCGUGUUCAGCAUGCAGACGUCGCCGAGGGACCGACGCACCGAGCGACUCGCCAGCAACAAGAAAUACGCCGACGGCAACCAAUGGGAAGUCAACGUUGUCCGCAUGAACAACUUCGUUGCCAUGGUGGUCACGGAGGCGCGUGAUUACGUGAACAACGGACUCGAUUCCGAGCGCGAUGCGUCGUCGCUCGUGCAGCCCGACCUCUACAUAGGUGGCGUGCCGACGUCGGCGCGCACCCCGUCGCUGCUAGCCGACGUUCCGGCGCUGCAGGGCUGCGUCAUGCAGGUAACGGUCGGUACUACGGAGCGGACGCGCGCGCUGCAGCUGCAGGACCCGGUGACGUCAUCCGGCACGGCAGCGUGCGCUGCGAGCGAGCGAGCCGGUCUGAGCUUCGGUGGUGCGGGCUACGCCGUCGUGUCGUCGCGCUUCACGCUGGGCGCAUCGCUCUCCUUCACGCUCGUCCUACACGCGCACAACGCCUCCGCCCUCCUGCUCUACGCCGCCACCUCGCCGACCGACUUCCUUGUCGUCGACAUCAAUGCGACAACGGCGCGUCUGUUGCUAAGCAACGGCGCGCGCGACGCGUACGAGACGACGGUGGGUCUGCGGGGCGGCCCGCUGUGCGACGCGCGUGAACACACCGUCACGGCCGACAUGAACACUCGCUCGGUGACGCUGUCUGUAGACGGACUCGCCGAGGAAACGACCUUCAAUAAUGGCUUCUCUCUCGUCACCCUCGCCAGCCGGCUGUACCUGGGAGGAGCGCCUCCUGGUGGCGGCGGCGUCACGGGAGACCGGCUACCUAACGCUGAGGCUCCGGAUUUCUCCGGCUGCGUGAAGAGAAUGGUGCUGAACGGCAACGACGUAGCGCUGCACGAGCUGCGGAGAGAGAACGUCGACUAUGGAUGCGUCGACCCGGCCGCCGACACUCGCUAA